CAGUGGGGUAAAAGAGACUCCACUAGACCCUCCAUCCGGGUCAGCUGUGCAAAAACUGAGCAGAGAACCAGCCAGAGCCCAGGAAGUGGACUGUCAUUCCAGGGCCUAAUCUUUGGCUUGCGAUUCUUUGGAGGUUGGGAGAAGGAAGCCAGACCGCCCUGGGAGAACGUCCAUCUCAGAUCCUGCCCCGCUAUGCGCAGAUGCGAGCUGUUUCUGAGGAUGCCUCUGCUAAUUCUGCUUUUCCUGGGACUGGCGGAAGCCUGUAUUCCCCGUGAAGUCGCCAUUGAAGAAAAAAUCAAAUUGCUGAAAGGAAUCCUAGGUAUGAUGACCAGGUUGUCAACGGAUGGUUUCAGACACAGCGACAAAGCCUCCAAGAUGCCCUCCCUGGCAUCCCCAAAAGACAGAUCAGAAGAAGAAAUGAAAAUAUUGAAAAAAAUCCUAGGUUUGCUGAGCCUCCAGGUGUUGAGUGAAGAAACAAGUGGUUGCAGGGAAGAAGAGAAGCUUUCCCCAGCCACCACCCCCAAGAAACCACCAAGCAAGCGGACCAGAUGGAACAUGUUGAAAUGCACCUACAUGAUGGUCACCUUCUUGUUCGUGUCCUACAACAAAGGAGACUGGUGUUACUGCCACCACUGUAACACAGAAAUGGACAUCAGGACGGACCCCUGCUGCUCCUUCUAGCAGACCCUGCUCAUCUCAGCUCAGCAGUCGCCAGUCCCUCAUCUGCCAGGUAGUCUGGCCUCCUCCGGGUCCCAAGAAGCUGGUCUGAUCCAGAUGACCAGUGUGGAGGGUAACAACAUGGGUCCUCUGAGGAUGACACUGCGGGAACGUGUCCCUGGGUCUGAGGGUCCGGACAGACCCAGGGGUGUGAGCAUCUGCAGGGGUCUCCCCACAACUGCUCUCCAUGGCCUUUCUCAACCUCCCCCCAUUGUUUCUCUAAUUAAACCUACACUAGUUGAAGCA